AUGUCUGGCUGCGUCUGGCUACCUCUAUCUGCGUCUAGAUGCGUCUGGCUGCCUCUACCUGCGUUUAGACGCGUCUAUCUACUUCUGGCUGUGUCUAUCUACGACUGGCUGCGUCUAACAGCGUCUGGUUGCGUCUAUCUACGUUUGGAUGCGUCUGGAUGCGUUUGGCUGUGUGUGGCUGCGUCUAACUGGAAAAGUUGGGUAUUAAAUAUAGAAAAAAUUUACUGGUUGAUGAAUAGAAAAUCAAAACUUUCAAUUGAAAAUAAACUUUUAAUAUAUAAACAAGUACUGAAGCCAGUAUGGAUUUACGGCAUAUAG